GACAAAGCAUAAAAAAAAAAUCAGAAAAAACAAGUGUUGUUCUCGUGUCCGCGGUAGUUUUACGGAAUAAAUCCAGCUGAAUCUGUCCCAGAAUGGCCCUUUACGAUGAUCUGGAUACCAAGCAGGGUCCGGAUAAGGUCGCCGGUUGGUCAUCGGGCAUCAAACUGCUCCAGUCGCAACUGCAGGUCAAAAAGGCGGCACAGCCCAUCAUCCAGCCGAAGAACGCUUUGAGAAAACCUGGAUUAACUCCGGUCGCGAAUCUUAAAGCGAAGAAGGAAAAUAUUGACUUGUUUGGGUUUCCGUCGAGUAGCAGUCAGCCAUCGGUUGACAAGCCGGUUACGGUCACAACAUCCAUUCCCAGUACCGCAAGUGGCGGAGAUGCCUACAGUUGGGAUGUGAUUGACGAGUACAACCCUCUGUGGCCAAACGAGUACGAGAAGCUCACCAAAGAUCGGAAAGCUAAGGAGCCGCCAAAACAGCCGAUGAACAACUAUGGCGGUCGGAACAAACGGGAAUAUAAACGAGGUAUCAAUCUGAAUAAGAUGCAUGCCAGAGGCGGCGGUGGCGGUGGAGGAGGUGCCGGGGGUGAUGAUGGUCCCGGAGCGAAGAAGAGUGGAUUUGCCGGGCGGCCAUCGUCCGAUGACGAGGAAGAGUUCCGACCUGGAUUGAAGUCUGGAGCAGCCAUUGCUCCACCCGCGUCAUUGCAGGAAUCCGUCGCACAAAUUCCGGAUGGGUCCAAGAUGGCCAAUCUCACAGCGUACGGAGGCAGCUCUGUUGCUGCUAAGAUUAUGGCUAAAUACGGUUUCCGUGAUGGUCAAGGUUUGGGCAAGCAAGAGCAAGGCAUGUCUAUGGCUUUGCAAGUGGAAAAGACCUCCAAACGAGGUGGUCGCAUCGUACACGAAAAGGACAUUAGCAUGCUGCCGCCGGGUGAGAUUCCACCAGGAGCAACUGCAUCGGCUGCAACAACACCGCCUUCGACUUCACAGGCGUCGUCCUUUGCAUCGGAACCAUCGAUCACGGAAAUCAUGAAGUCACCUAGCAAAGUGGUGCUGCUGAGGAACAUGGUCGGCCCGGGAGACGUGGACGACGAGCUGGAACCGGAAGUCAAGGACGAGUGCAACACCAAGUAUGGCGACGUGGUAACGGUGGUGAUCCACGAAAUGCCGAAGGUUGUUCCGGAGGAAACGGUUCGCAUCUUCGUUGAGUUCAAGCGCAUGGAGAGUGCCAUCAAGGCCGUGGUGGACUUGAAUGGGCGAUUUUUCGGCGGACGGCAGGUUCGCGCCGGGUUCUACAACCAGGAACGGUUCGACAGCAUGGACCUGAUUGGGUGAGUAGAGGGGGAAUUUCGGACGGAAAUUUAAAGAGGGCGAGAGGUACCAUGAAUUGUGUGUGUACUUGAUGGAUUUUAGUGGCUCGU